AGGGAAUGGGGCAGCUGAGGGGCUCAUUUCCUUUUCCCUUAGGAACCCCAAUUUCCACAAGCCCUGCCCCAUUUCCCCUUGGAUGUUUUUCUCCUUAACAUCCUGGCGCAGCGUUGUUGGGGCCGUGGCCAGCUGCCAGGCUCUCCCCCAGAGGUGGCUGCAUUUCAGCUCUAGGCACCCCACGGACAGAGCCCAGAGCCAGCUGCAGGGAGUGAGAGCUGUCCCGGUGGAGCGGACUGGGGGGCGCUGUCCAUCUCGAGGACGCGGAGCCGUAGCUGUCUCCGCCCGCCCGCCGACCAUGGCUAGAUGAUCCUGGCCCCGCGCCAUGCUGCAGUCCCGCGCCCGGUACCUGCUGCUUCUGCUGGGGGUGCAGCUGGUGGUGAUGGCGCUGCUGUACCACGAGGGCUACCGCCGGCGGGUCGCCUACUUCCUGGGCAUCUUCUACAAAGGGGGGGCCCCGGCCGGGCUGGGGGGACCACAGGGCUCCACCCACAAUGCCUCGCUGCCCGGUGACGUCUACGCCAACCUCAGCCUCAUCGCCCGGCCCCCACUGCGUCCCGAGGAACUGCCCUACUGCCCUGAGACCUCUCCAUUUCUAGGGGGCCCGAUCCGGGUGACCUUCCCCCCGGGGCUGACCCUGGAGGAGAUUGUGCGCAAGAACCCCUACGUGACGGCCGGAGGCAGGUACCAGCCCCCCGACUGCGACCCCCUGCACCGCACGGCUGUCAUCAUCCCCCACCGCAACCGGGAGCAGCACCUGCGCUACCUCCUCUACUUCCUGCACCCCUUCCUGCAGCGUCAGCAGCUCAGCUAUGGCAUCUACAUCAUUCACCAGGCAGGGAACUACACCUUUAACCGGGCCAAGCUGCUGAAUGUGGGGUUCAAGGAGGCAAUGAAGGAUGAGGACUGGGACUGCAUGUUCUUCCACGAUGUUGACCUUAUCCCUGAGGAUGACCGCAACCUGUACACCUGCGACCGCUUCCCCAAGCACGCUGCUGUCGCCAUGGACAAAUUUGGAUACAAGUUGCCCUACAAGACGUACUUCGGGGGGGUGUCGGCUUUGACCCCGGAGCAGUACAUGAAAAUGAACGGUUUCCCGAACAACUACUGGGGCUGGGGGGGCGAAGAUGAUGACAUCGCUGUGAGGGUGGCGCUGAGCGGGAUGCUGAUCUCCCGGCCCUCCAUCCAGCACGGCCGCUACCGCAUGAUCAAACACGGCCAUGACAAGGGCAACGAGCAGAACCCCAGGAGGUGA